AUGGAGCACGUUGAUCAGACUGAGAAAGCUUACCAGAAGCAGCAGGGUGUCUUCCUUGCCAGCAAGAAAUUUGCAGGCAAGAAGAAAGGCCCUCGUUUCUACAAGGAGGUGGGCUUGGGUUUCAAGACCCCCAAAAGCGCCAUUGAGGGCCAGUACGUGGACAAGAAGUGUCCGUUCACCGGCAACAUUUCGAUUCGUGGUCGUAUCCUCAAGGGUGUCGUCCUCUCGACAAAGAUGAAGCGCACGAUUAUCGUACGUCGUGAUUACCUGCACUUUGUCAAGAAGUACAAGCGUUUUGAGAAACGUCACAAGAACGUGGCUGCCCAUUUGUCGCCGGCUUUCCGUGUAAAGGAGGGUGAUGUUGUCACCAUCGGCCAGUGCCGUCCGCUCGCCAAGACGGUGCGUUUCAACGUGCUGGAGGUUGAGCCUGCAUCGGAGACCAAGCCUAUCAACGUACGCAAGCAGUUCCGCCAGUUCUAG